AUGUUCAGGGUUGGCCUCUGCUUAACUGGGAGGUUUGAGCACACAGGAGAUGAGUUCCAAGCAAUAAAGAAGUGUCAAUCCUUUGAUUCUUACCAGCAAAGAUCAGCUGCAGUUGUAACAGGUUUAUCUGGCGAUAAGAAUGUGGUUGGUGGCGCUGGGGAGGAUCUCAACCAGAAGAAAUCAAGGCCAUUACCUAAUGCAGCCAGUAGUUUGGAGCCAGGGGUUCGUGUUGCCGAUAAAAAUGUGGUGACCGAAAUGAAGGAGCAGGACAAAGCUGUUGGAUUCACAUUUCCAGGGAGAUAUCAGGAUAUUGUGGAAGUAAUUCAUGAGAUAAAGAACCAGUUUGAUGGGGCAUCUGCUUCAGCUGAUCAUGUGGCCAAACUGUUUGAAGUGGGAAAAUUUUUCUAUCACCACAAAAAUUCUGAAUAUAAAGUUUCUGCAAGGAUAAUUUGUGGUUUGUCUCCUCUUUCAACCUCAAAAAUGGAUGAUCUUUUGGUGAUUGAGGAAGAUGAGGUAAUUGGCACUGGAUAUCUUUCAUCAACUCUACAGAAGAUUUACAAUUGGGAAUUAAAACUCCUCGAGGAAGUCAUGGCCGAGGAAAAGAUGAUGGUUUUAUACAAUAGAAAAUGUAAGCAGCUGAAUCGACUAAGUAAAAAUGUAAAAUGGGUGCAGAGGCUGAAAAGCUGGAGUCAGUUGAAGUGUUCAUCAGAAAGCUAUCUAGUAAAGCUGAACGACCAUAUGGAUGAAAUAAAACGACUGGAGAUGCCCACAGUUGAUUUGGCAGCUCAUUUUUCUGGUUGGGUCACUGCUCCAAGGAGCUACCUCAAAUCCUUGAACGAUUGGCUUAUGAAAGGUGUCUGUUCUGUACCUGAAGAAACAGACGAUGACAUUGCUGCUCCUUCUCCGCUUGGGAAAUUAGGUGCACCUUCUAUUUUCGUCGUCUGCAACUACUGGUCUGAGAGUGUAGAUGUCAUAUCGGAAAGGAAUGUUGUCGGUGCAAUGAAGGAUUUUGCUCAUAUUGUUUUUAAGUUAUGGCAACAGCACAGCCUCGAGCAAUGA